AGGAGGCGUCACCCUGCGCGACGUAAACCUCUCUCUGGUAAGGACGACUAGCGUCGCCGUCUGGAGCAGGGAUAUGACGUCACGGGGACGCUUAAACUUUUCACCGUGUGUGGCGCGAGGCUCGAAUCGGUAACGCAAGAAAACCGGAAGGAGACAAUGCUACUUGCUGGCGGGAGUCCGCAGCCCAGUUUUCUGCUGGGAUCACUGAAGGCUGAUUGUGUAACCAAGCCGUUUUUACAGAGGUGUCAGGACCUCGUUCGAGUCAUAGAGGAUUUCCCUGCUAAGGAGCUUCAUGCUAUUUUUCCAUGGCUAAUAGAAACAGUCUUUGGCAGUCUGGAUGGAAGUAUACUGGGUUGGAACCUCCGUGGCUUACAUGAGCGUAUCAAUCCACUGGAAUUUCAUACUGCCUUGGAAUUUUUGGAUCCAAGUGGAGCAAUGAUGAAGUUGGUUUAUAAGCUGCAGGCUGAAGAAUACAAAUAUGAUUUUCCUGUCUCCUUCCUUCCAGGCCCAGUCAGAGCAUCAAUACAAGAGCGAGUGCUCCCUGAAUGCCCCUUGUAUCAUAACAAGAUCCAGUUCCCAGCCUCAGGAGGGGUCAGCUUUAAUCUUGCUUUGAAUUCCUUUGAAUAUUUCAUGUUCCACUUUGCCUUCUGCCUCCUUAAACAAAGAAAUUAUCCCCAAGGUCUUCACUUUAGCACUGCAGACAGCGCGUAUUACAUUUUGGUUGACAAGUACCUGAAAUGGUUCCUGCCUGUUGAAGGGAAUGUCCCACCUCCCCAUUCACCAAACACAGGAGGGACUGUACCCUCACCAGCCCCCAGAUCCCCAUCACUUUCGUUCACCUCUUAUGGUUCUCACACAAGUCUUUUAAAGAGACACAUUUCUCACCAACAUCUUGUAAAUGCUGACCCUGCAGCACAGGAAAUAUGGCGGACAGAGACCUUACUGCAAGUAUUUGUAGAGAUAUGGCUUCAUCACUACUCUCUUGAAAUGUACCAAAAGAUGCAAUCUCCAAACGCAAAGCUGGAAGCUCUGCACAACAGGCUCAGUGUGUCCAGCGCUCCGCCCAUUUAUCCUGCGCUUCCCGGCUCCCUUCAUUCAUACCAAGUACUUCCAGCUCUCUGCCACACACACGAGUUAUUCCAGCCCACAGAAGAGCAUGUUCUAGUGGUCCGGCUUCUUGUAAAACACCUGCAUACUUUCAGUAACAGCAUCAGGCCUGAGCAAGUGUCUCCCUCCACUCACUCACAUACUGCCAGCCCUCUGGAAGAGCUAAAAAGGGUGGUUGUCCCACGAUUCAUUCAGCAAAAGCUGUAUAUCUUCCUGCAGCACUGCUUUGGGCAUUGGCCUCUUGAUGCUUCCUUCAGAGCGGUGCUAGAGAUGUGGCUAAGCUAUGUGCAGCCCUGGCGAUAUGUCCUGGAAAGGUCUAGCCCCGUAAGUGGUGAAAUGCAGAAUCGCAAUGUACCAGAAAAAUGGUCCACUUUUGUGCAGGAAAAUCUACUUUUCUAUACAAAGCUCUUUCUUCGGUUCCUCAGUCGUGCCCUUCGUACUGACCUUGUCAACCCUAAGAAUGCUCUCAUGGUCUUCAGGGCAGCAAAAGUGUUCUCUCAGCUUAACCUACCUGAGAUGAUACUGAAUGGUGAACAGCUGUUUCUAAAACCAGAACAUGUCAUUCCUCACCGGCAACACCGUCUCCUUCUGACACCAAACCUUGGUGGUAGCUUUUUGUCAUCCUGGCAGCCCCCAAUCACAGAUACCUCCUUAAAAGUAAAGAGUCAUGUAUUCAGUCUGGAGGGACAAGACUGCCAGUAUAUGCAGAUGUUUGGCCCAGAGGCACGGAACCUGGUUCUUCGACUUGCACAGAUGAUCUCCCAAGCCAAGCAAACUGCCAAAUCAAUCUCUAACCACUCACCAGAUUCCUCUGCAAAUCAGUCUUUCUUGUCUUGGUUUGGAUUGGGUUCCCCAGAUUUUAAUGGCUCCUACAAUGGGAGUGAUUUGGAUGAAGCUGGAUAUGACACCAUUAGGAAGACAGAUGAACAUUUAGAAAAAGCACUGGACUACUUUUGUCAGAUAUUUAGGCUGAACCCCACUCAACUUGGGCAACUUACAGCAAAUGUUGACAGCUCGCAGGAUGAUGAUGGAAAGAAUAAACUGCCUGACUGUAUACAAAGUGAAGAUGGUGUGGUCCUCACCUCCUUAGGAAGGUACCAGAUAAUAAAUGGAUUGCGCAAGUUUGAUAUAGAGUACCAAGGAGACCCUGAGCUCCAGCCAAUCAGAAGCUAUGAGAAUGCCAUGCUUGUACGUUACCUCUAUCGGCUUUCAAGUGUGAUAAAUAAAAGGUUUGCAAAUAGCAUGGGUGCCCUGUGCGCUCGGAAGGAUUUUUUAGGCAAGCUUUGCCGACAUCACCUGACCAGCUCUUCCCGGAAAUGCAAAAAAAGCCCCAUAACUUCAGUUUCUCCCUCUGAGCCAGCAGCCCCACACAUCCGCCUACGGUUCCUCGCUAGCUAUCGCACUCUGGCCUUUUUGUUCAUCUUUUACAUUCUGGGCUCCUUGCUGUCUCUGGGGCCUUUAAUCUGCACAUUUCUCCUCUUAAUUGGCUGCAUGUUUUAUGCUAUUGUCCAAACGCUGCUCUCUGAAGAGCAGAAACCACACAAUAACUAAUCCUAAUCUUUUUUUUGUUUUUUUUAACACUUUGGAUACUGUUAAUUAUUUUAAUGGGAAAUGCUUUCUGACCAUAAAUGUUCUGAAUUAAAUGUUUUCAAGAAAAA